AUGAAGCUGUCUCAACUCACUCUCGCUCUGGCAGCUCUGCUGUCCACCGCCGCUGCCCAAGGCCUCGGUGACCUGCCCGAUUGUGCGCGCUCUUGUGCAACCGACGCCAUCCCCUCCAGCUGUGGAAUUGACGUCAAGUGCAUCUGCACUACCAAGUCCUUCCUGAACGACAUUUCCUGCUGUGUGGCUGACAAGUGCUCCAAGGAUGAUCAGGAGACCACUCUCAAGGUCGCCAAAUCGAUCUGUGCCCGCGGCGGCGUGACCGAUGUCCCCAGCUCCGUCGUCUGUUCAACUGGUGCCUCGACUGGUACCUCGACUGAAACCAAGACUGGAACCACUACCGGUACUGGAACCGCCGCGACUGCUGAUACCACCAAGGACUCCACCAUGACUGGCACCAUGACCACUGCUACCGGUACCAAUGCUUCUGGCUCUGGCUCCUCCACCGCUGCAUCGACCUCUGCUGCUCACACCACCAAUGCUGCUGUCUUCGGCCAGGUCAAGGAUACCUCGUUGAUGGCUGCUGCUGGCGCCGUUGCUGCUGUUGCUUUCUUCGUUUAG